ACAAUAAAAAGGAAAGUCUACUGUGCGUAUCUACUACUAUCUAGUCUUCCCCGAUAUUCUCAUUCUGCAUAUAAUUUUUGUCUUAAUCAAUAUAUAUACAUAAUAACAAAUUCACAAAUCCGUAUCUCAACAACCCAGGGUUUAUGAUACUUGAAACUAUGUAUGAAUGAGAUGAAGGCAGGACACUGUCUAAUACUUGUGUGUUAAUUCAAGUAUUUUUUAGAGUCUGAAGAAGGGUAGAAGUGCAACUGACAAUAUGGGGUACGCUUUGAGUAGAAUGGAGAUUGAUUCAGAAUAUUACAAUAGUGACACAUCCGAUUCGAGUGUAGAUGAAAAUUCUUCUCCGAACAAACCUGCUCAUAAUUUGGACCAUGAAGUUGCACAGCUCACAAAGCUUGGAUCAGCACCUCAUGAAAAGUUGAGCCACAUUUUUCCAGGAAAGCGGGAAGUUUCAGUUAAUACUGUGAAGAUGCUAGCUGGCCGAGAAUGUAACUUUUCAGGAAGAGGAAGGUUUUCAGCAGCCGAUCGUCGUCAUGUUCUUACUAAAUAUUUACCAGCAAACAGUCCAUCUGUGAUAGAUGAAAUGACCACCCGCGCAUAUGUCUCACAAUUUUCUGCUGAUGGUUCCCUUUGCGUGGUUGCAUUUCAGGGAAGCCACAUCAGAAUUUACGAUGUGGACAAAAAGUGGAAAGUUCACAAGAACAUUAUAGCCCAAAGCUUGAGAUGGACAGUUACUGAUACAUCUUUUUCACCAGAUCAACAACACCUUGUUUAUGCCACGAUGUCUCCAGUGGUUCAUGUUGUUAAUAUAGCAUCUGGUACAACAGAUUCUCAGGCAAAUAUUACGGAGAUCCAUGAAGGUCUUGAAUUUUCUAGGGAGGAUGAUGGUGGAUACUCUUUCGGGAUAUUUUCUGUUAAAUUUUCAAUAGAUGGGCGAGAACUUGUAGCUGGAAGCAGUGAUGACGCCAUUUAUGUAUAUGAUCUUGUAGCAAAUAAGCUUUCCCUUCGCAUUGACGCACACGCAUCCGAUGUUAACACUGUAUCUUUUGCUGAUGAAAGCGGGAACCUUAUAUAUUCGGGGAGUGACGACAAUUUAUGCAAGGUAUGGGACCGGCGCUGUCUUAAACCAAGAGGAAAGGCAGCUGGGGUCCUUAUGGGACAUUUAGAAGGUGUUACAUAUCUUGAUAGUCGGGGAGAUGGGCGAUAUUUAAUUUCAAAUGGAAAGGACCAGACCAUUAAACUUUGGGAUAUACGAAAAAUGUCUUCUAAUAGUAACUGCAGACCUAUAUUUAGGAAAUAUGAGUGGGAUUACAGAUGGAUGGACUACCCACCUCAGGCAAGAUAUUUGAAACACCCAAGUGAUCAGUCAGUGGCAACAUACAAAGGCCAUUCAGUUUUGCGUACUCUCAUUCGUUGCUAUUUCUCACCAGCAUAUAGAAUUUGAAAACGACGAUGUACUUCUCAUCAUCACCAAGCAUGGAGCACUUCUCUCCACAACCGUGAAGCACUUCUCUUCACAAACGUGGUGCACUUCUCACCACAAACGUUUAUCACUAAGCAUGGAGCACUUCUCUCCACAACCGUGAAGCACUUCUCUUCACAAAUGUGGUGCACUUCUCACCACAAACGUGGAGCACUUCUCUCCACAAACAUUUUUCUUAUCAUUAUGACACUCAUCUUGGUGCCUCUAGUUAUUUGAUCCUCUUGACCCCCUUCAUGUUUUUUUUCAGAAGGUUUGGUUGACUCGUCUUCAAAAUCCCUUAUUUCAUUUAGUGUUGGAUUGUAUCCAAGAGGUUGCAUCUCCCGCUCAGAUUCAAUCCUCCACCAACUUGAACUUCUCAUGGCGGAAGUCAUGAACUCACCUUGACAGAUCCCUUUAAGAUCAUUAAAGCUCGGAUACCAUUUGUUGGUUUUUUGAUACAAGAGGGAGAUAGAUAUAAUAUAUUAGGUGGAAGCUUACAGGAGAGACAUGGAAACUUAUAAUUUUAUUAAUCAAAAGGCUCUUUAUAUAGAGCUCAUACAAAUCACAUAGGCACGAGUAGUGCCACAUAAUAAGUUUAUGGAGUUACAAAUCUUCUCUAAUUAAAGAGACAUUAAUACAUUAUCAACUAAUAUUUCAGUUACAAUCAUAAUUCCAACAAGUUUAUGUCGGAAUUAAUGAAGUAUCUGAAUUUGAUUCUUAUUUUCUGAUUCAUAACAAUAAUAUAUAAUUAUAAUUUGUUACAAAAUAAUAGGAUUAGAAAAGAUGUUUUUAUUUUUGGACGCCUUUUAAUUUAGCUGAAAAGUUCAAUGAAUAAUCACCGUCAAAAUUAUAUAGCUAGAUGUGGUUCUGGGGAUCGCCUAACAACCAACUCUGGGUGAACUCUAUAUUCAACAGGAUGAUACUAAGUGCUUUAUUUGUGAAAAUAGAAUCUACGACACACAGAUGACUUUAUUGUUAGCAUCGAUUAUUCUUGCAACUAUUAACAGAUUUGACCCCGUCACACAUUAACGUUCUUUGAGUGACUCUUUGCAGUACUGGGCAGAAGUACAUCUACACAGGAUCACACGAUUCUUGCAUUUAUAUCUAUGACGUGGUACGU